AUGGUCCCACUCCGCUCCUUCCCCGCGGACACGAGGAACCGAGGAGCAGAUCGACUCCAGGGGGAGGUUUAUAACCUUCAGAAGGAGCCAGCUGAAGUUUCCACCCCGCUGGGCCAGGGAAGGGUGAACCAGCUCGGAGGGGUUUUUAUCAACGGCCGCCCGCUCCCCAACCAUAUCCGGCACAAAAUCGUGGAGAUGGCUCACCACGGGAUCCGGCCCUGCGUCAUCUCCCGCCAGCUGCGGGUCUCCCACGGCUGCGUCUCCAAAAUCCUCUGUAGGUACCAGGAGACGGGCUCCAUCCGGCCCGGGGCCAUCGGAGGCAGCAAGCCCAGGGUCGCGACUCCCGACGUGGAGAAGAAAAUCGAGGAAUACAAACGGGAAAACCCCGGGAUGUUUAGCUGGGAGAUCCGGGACAGGCUCCUGAAGGACGGGCACUGCGACCGGAGCACUGUGCCCUCAGUGAGUUCGAUUAGCCGGGUGCUACGCAUCAAAUUCGGGAAGAAAGAGGAAGAGGAGGACUGCGACAAGAAGGAGGAGGACGGAGAGAAGAAGGCCAAGCACAGCAUCGACGGAAUCCUGGGCGACAAAGGUAACAGGUUGGAUGAAGGCUCUGACGUGGAAUCUGAGCCAGACCUGCCCCUGAAGCGCAAACAGCGCCGCAGCAGAACCACCUUCACGGCUGAGCAGCUGGAGGAGCUGGAGAAGGCCUUCGAGAGGACCCACUACCCCGACAUCUACACCCGUGAGGAGCUGGCCCAGAGGACCAAACUCACCGAGGCCCGUGUGCAGGUGUGGUUCAGUAACCGCAGGGCGCGCUGGCGCAAGCAGGCGGGCGCGAACCAGCUCGCGGCCUUCAACCACCUGCUGCCGGGGGGGUUCCCGCCCACCGGGAUGCCCACCCUGCCCCCCUACCAGCUGCCGGACUCCACCUACCCGACCACCACCAUCUCCCAAGACGGGGGAAGCACCGUGCACAGGCCCCAGCCCCUGCCUCCCUCCACCAUGCACCAGGGGGGACUCGCGGCCGCCGCCGACAGCGGCUCAGCCUACGGAGCCCGGCACAGCUUCUCCAGCUACUCCGACAGCUUCAUGAACGCUGCAGCUCCUGCCAACCACAUGAACCCCGUCAGCAAUGGCCUCUCCCCACAGUGGAAGGAUACAGGAAAUACUCCUAAUGGGAUGAAUGAGAACUCCUAA